UGUCGGGUCACUCCACUGUGUCGAAUGUCUGAAGCCGUUGCUGGUUCUUACCGCCUGGCUUUAGCUAGUUUAAAUAUUAUAACAUAUCGAUAGUUAGCUAAUACAUGUGCAUAGACGAUCUUGCAAUCGAUUAAAGAGAUAACAUGGUCUGACUUGAACACAAGAGCUGAGGAAGAUAUCGUCAAUUGAAAGGUUUUAUCCAAGUAGGGGCAGAGAAUUCUUGCUGAGGACAACGGAGCUAUGAUGUGCAUCUGAGGACAUCUUGAUCACAUGGGCUCCUAUCCUGUGCUGACCCAAUGGUUUAAUCACCAGGACUAAAAAUGAGCAUAAGCAGUGAUGAAGUCAAUUUUCUGGUUUACAGAUACCUGCAAGAGUCAGGCUUCUCUCACUCAGCAUUCACCUUUGGCAUAGAGAGCCACAUCAGCCAGUCCAACAUCAAUGGAGCCCUGGUGCCCCCUGCUGCCCUCAUCUCCAUCAUCCAGAAGGGCCUGCAGUAUGUGGAGGCCGAAGUCAGCAUUAAUGAGGACGGGACAUUAUUUGACGGGCGGCCCAUUGAGUCGCUAUCUCUGAUUGAUGCUGUGAUGCCAGAUGUAGUCCAAACCAGGCAGCAGGCCUACAGGGACAAGCUGGCCCAGCAACAGGCGGCAGGCAGUGGCAGCGGCACAGGGCCCCAAGGAAGCACCAAGAAUGGAGAGGGAGCUGCCAACGGGGAGGAAAAUGGAUCCCACGCCUUAGCCAAUCACCACUCAGAGAUGAUGGAGGUGGACAGGGACGUGGAGAUCCCUCAGAGUAAAGCCAUGGUGCUAAGGGGCCACGAAUCCGAAGUUUUUAUCUGUGCCUGGAACCCAGUAAACGACCUCCUCGCCUCCGGGUCUGGGGACUCGACAGCACGGAUCUGGAACCUGAGUGAGAACAGCACAGGCGGGUCCACCCAGCUGGUUCUGAGGCACUGCAUACGGGAAGGGGGCCAGGACGUACCCAGCAACAAAGACGUCACCUCACUAGACUGGAAUAGCGAGGGAACGUUGCUAGCAACAGGCUCAUAUGAUGGCUUUGCUAGAAUAUGGACAAAAGACGGUAACCUGGCCAGUACUUUGGGUCAGCAUAAAGGCCCUAUAUUUGCACUUAAGUGGAAUAAGAAAGGAAACUUCAUCCUCAGUGCUGGUGUAGACAAGACCACAAUUAUUUGGGACGCCCAUACGGGAGAGGCGAAACAGCAAUUUCCUUUCCACUCGGCACCUGCUCUGGACGUAGACUGGCAGAGCAACAACACGUUUGCCUCCUGCAGCACAGACAUGUGCAUCCAUGUGUGUAAGCUGGGUCAGGACAGACCUGUCAAGACCUUCCAGGGACACACGAAUGAGGUGAACGCCAUCAAGUGGGAUCCCACUGGCAGCUUGCUGGCCUCCUGCUCAGAUGACAUGACACUGAAGAUCUGGAGUAUGAAGCAGGACUCCUGUGUCCAUGACCUCCAGGCCCACAGUAAAGAAAUCUACACCAUCAAGUGGAGCCCCACAGGCCCCGGGACCAAUAACCCUAGCGCCAACCUCAUGCUGGCCAGCGCAUCAUUUGACUCCACGGUGCGUCUGUGGGACGUGGAGCGCGGGGUGUGUAUCCACACACUGACCCGCCACCAGGAGCCCGUCUACAGCGUGGCCUUCAGCCCCGAUGGCAGGCACCUCGCCAGUGGCUCCUUCGACAAGUGUGUCCACAUCUGGAACACUCAGACUGGUGCUUUAGUCCACAGCUACCGGGGGACAGGAGGGAUCUUCGAGGUGUGCUGGAACGCCACAGGGGACAAAGUAGGAGCUAGCGCGUCAGAUGGAUCGGUUUGCGUAUUAGACCUGAGGAAAUGACACUCAUCUUGGGGAGCCAUGGACCGACUACGAAUGUGUACAUAGCCAAAAUGACUGACUGUCCCUGCCUGUCCGCCACACUGCUGUAGUCCCAUCAGAUGCCAUGGCCCGCAAUUACAGCCAAAUGGAGCGCUUUCUCCCUUCGUCAUAUGUAUGUACCCACAAGGACCACACCUUCGCCACAUACAGUUCUUAAGCACAUGUGUCAGACAUACAUCAGGUCUGUAUGGACACCUGUGCUGCUCUCACAGACCUGCAGGAGGAAACAUUUCUCUGUUGUCACACAGUACAAACUUGUUGGACCCAUCACAUGCAAACCAAAACACCAGGAUUCUUCUCACUUUCCUCUUUUUAUCCUUUGUACCAGAAUUCUGAAGAUUUUUUGUUCUCUGUUGGUGUGUGCAUAUUGCAUAUGUCAGCAUUUGGUGUCCUGUGGACAUUGUUGUUUUAAAUUUGGAUUUUACUGAUAUCUGCAGGUUUUAUAUUACAUGUGGGGUGGGAGAGAAGAGGGGCGGGGGGUUGAGUUAUUUGUCUUUUACAAUGGGUGUUGAAAGCUCUACGUUGGGAGAUCCAUUCAUCUACGUCUUGGCAGUCUUUAAGGUUAAAAAUGCAGAAGUAUAGCUUAGAAAAUGAAAAUGUUUUUUAAUUGUGUCACAUCUAUUUUUAUUAUCCCAUAGGUUUGGUCCAUUUUUUUUUUUUUUUUUUUUAACAAAGCAUAAAGCAGUGAAUCAGAGGCUGAACUGUCCUUUUGUUUUUGCAACUUUUAUCCUCAGAAAUGUUUUUCAGGUGUUCACAAUACAUCAGGUUAAUACAGAGCUCUAAAGAAUUCAAAACCUCUAGGCUGAAAGAUAAUCUUUGUAGCUGUUAAACACCAUCUCAAUCUCAUUCUAACCGUGUGCUGGGCACAAAGACGUCAACGGCGUUGUGCAGUCAGCUUCCAAGUUUCCGUCACUGAGCUCGUCCCCGAUCUGUGUCUCAAGCUUACGAAUAGCAGCGGCUGUGCCCUUGUGUCAGUAGUGAGGUAACAUGGCACAGAAAUAGCUUGCUUUCUGGCGUCGUGCAGCUCUUGGAUCUGAGAGAGAGAGAGAGAGAGAGAGAGAGAGAGAGAGAUACGGGAAAACAGGCCCACAACCGCUCGCAUCCAUCUGAUGAGAACAAUUGAUAGUCCUUAUUAUGCUUGUUUCCUCAAUUAAAGGCUUUUUGCUUACCAAUGCUGAAUGAUAAUCAGACUAGACCAUUCUAAUUGUGUUCCUAUUUCCCCUGCUUGGUCAUUAGACAUCAGGACAUCCUCUGGAGUGUCCCUUCCUUGCUGGAGUUCAUAUCACACACUGUCAUUUUGAGCAGUCGUUUGCAGCGUUCAGUCGGCUUAAAAACGUCCUAACUUUCACUCGGUUACAUAUGCAGUUUUCAUGUCCAGCAAGUACACACUACAGUCCCUGCUUUGGUUUGUCGUCGUCCAGCAUUAACAUAAACACACACACACACACAUUCUAGAGACAGGCUGCGUUCAGGCCUAUGCACGCUCUUCUUUGUAGUGUUCAGAGUUGGCAUUUAGAGGCAAGUAUUGCUUGUUGUUUAUAUCUGUACUAUCACAGGGGACUCUUCUAUAUGCCACUCGUACGCUAAGGGUGGAUUUUAAAGUUACUUUUUGAAGAUGCUUUAAGUCCAGUAUGUGAUGUUCUUCAUCAUAGGUUAGUGACCAUGAGGAUUGUUUUUUUUUUUCUUUUUUUUUUAUAAAAUACCAUUAAACAGUCGUAGAGAAAUAAAAAAAGAGCAGCCCUUUCUUUUUCUGAACUUUAGACAAAUAAUUGAGAAACCAGAAUUGGUGCAGAAAGUGUGCAGUGGGUAAAAUAAAGGUAUAUAUCCCGUCUGCCUCAUCUGGGUAUAUCAAAGCUAAACCAGGCCAACUUCAUGGCAUUCCAGAGCUCAUCUUGCAUCCAUACUUACACACACACUCAGCACACACACACACACACACACACACACACACACAUCGUCGGACGUUUCAGAGGUUUUGCUCAGAAUGUUACUUGAUUUAAAACAUUUUGUACUCAAGCUAAAGACUAUUUUGAAGUUUGCUUUAAUACAGUCAGCAGUGGUUGGACUGUACCACAAAGACACUAUUUCAAAUGUCUAUGACAGUGGAAUGGUAUUUUAUAAUGUUUUGUUUUUAGAUGAUAAGCUUUUUACACUGAAUUCGAGUGUUUGCUAUCUUGUGUUCCUACCGAAAGUACUAACGUUAAUUCUAUCUUUGCUAUGUUGGAGAGCCCUUGAAGGUUUUGUACUUCUCAAAAAUUUUGUAAUUCUGAUUUAUUUGUAGCUACUUAACACAAAAUGAACAAAAAAAUAUAAAAUCUGGAUUUAAUUGUCAAUGUAUUAUAACACAGAACAUGUAAAUACCAAUUUGCAGAUUUCUUUUUGUUGUGUUGUCUUUGCCCUCACCUAUGUUGUACUCUCUUUCUCUCUCACUCACAUGGUUGCAGCCCGCAGCCUUCUGAUCUGACUGUUGUAAUAUCACUCAGAUUUCAAGGUCUAGAAUAAAAUCUAUUUUGAUAAUA